AUAUUUAAUCUUCCUAUCUUUUUGGAGUUCUAUAAAUUGAACACAACUUCUCUUUUUUCCAUCACUCCACUACCUCCUAAAUUCAAAUAAUUUUUCUAUAUUUGAUAAAAGUUAGAGAAAAAAGAAGGAAAAAAAAAAAUGGAAUCCUCAUCUUCUAAACACCACUCGGCCAUAUUCCUUCUCACUACACUAAUUUCCAUUUCUUCGUACACAUACUCAAGCUCCGCAGCUAGAUACCCCACCACAUCGAAAAUAAACACCGAAUUCAUUAGAACUUCUUGUCUUGCCACAACCUAUCCCAGACUUUGCUACAGCUCUCUCUUAAGCCACGCAAACUCAAUCCAAGCAAGCCCUCAACUUAUUGCUAGUACGGCCCUCGACGUGACGCUGUCCUCGGCCAAAACGACAUCAACCAUGAUGCUAAACCUGUCGUUGAGCCACGGCUUGAAGCUGAAAGAGGUCGCUGCCAUGAAGGACUGCGUUGAAGAACUGAGUGACUCGGUGGAUGAGCUGCAAAGGUCUAUGGGAGAGAUGAGCAACGUGGCAAAGGAAAACCGUGACUUUAAGCUCAUGAUAAACGACAUUCAAACUUGGGUUAGUGCUGCUUUGACGGAUGAUACUACGUGCACUGACGGGUUUGAAGGAAACGACAUGAGUGGGAAUUUGAAGACCAUCGUCAGAAGCGGCAUUGUGAAUGUUGCCCAUUUGACUAGCAAUGCUUUGGCUUUGAUUAACAAGUUUGCGUUGAUUCAUGGGUAACCUGUUCUGUGAGACCGAACAAUAGGUCCAUUAGUUAUAUGUGUCUUAGCUAAAAAUUAGGAGUAUAGUUAUAUUAAUAUGCUUGUGAAUGAUUUGUAGUAUUACAACCCACAAACAAAAAGUUUGUGACACUUUAAGCUGUUUGAAUUAAGACAAUAUACAUAUGUAUCGUACGUGAUGUUGGCAAAGCUCGUGUUGUAUACGUAAAGAUGCUCAAGUCGGUUGGGGGCAAUUUAUAUUAAAAGAUAUAUUUGAGUGUUUAAAAUGAUUACGUCUGAUGAUUAGUUACAUUUAAAAUAAAUAAAGAAAAUUAGAUUUUUUUAA